AUCGCACGGGUGAGUUUACUAGUACGUUUAAACCUCAACCAUCUCUCCCUCACCGACUUUCCCUUCUCGUCUCACCACAUACAACAGAUGGAGUUCUUCUCACAGCGGACGAUGCAACAUAUGGAGAAAGGGAUGUUGCAUCUCAGAUUCGACGGGUCGCGACGCGCUUUCCAGGAUCGAUCGAUCCUUAUCGCCAUGGUCAUUCCGAACUAAAUCAGAUGACCGAUGGGCAGAAUUCGUGCCAUCAAUCAGACACUCUAGGUUGGAAUUCAUGGGAGGUGGAGCCGUGGAGGCAGAUUGUCGGUAAUCUCGGGGAUUGAAAUCCACAGACAUUCAUGGAGUUUCAAGUAUUAAAAUCGUAGGUAAACUUCACACCAUAGCGGCUUAUUCUCUAGAAACUGAUUCUAGAUCAGCCGAUUCAAUUGUAUUUCAUACUUUCGUCUUAUGCAACGAAGACAUCUAGUUUUAGUCCUUCGGAAAGUAGCAGGCUGGUCGGUAAUUUGACCUUCAAAUUUUCUCUCUUAUUUAAGUUCUCUUAGGGCCGAUCCUCGGUAAGAAUGCUUUAAAUCGGUUUGUAUUCCUAGUAAGUUUUGUAGUUUGACAGCUUAGCUAAUUAGUGAAAGGUUAUACUAUGAUAUUUUGAAAAGUAAUUUACAGUAUGAGGUUUAAGAGGUUUGAAAACCAAUUUCCAGAUCCUGCAAUGUGCUCCAGUAUAUCAAUAGUAGAGAAUUUUAAGGUAAUAUCAAAAUAUUCAACCGGAUAAGGAACUGGAAGAGGAAUCCAUUUAGAGUAUGUAAAUAGUUUGAGGUUAUGUUUUGAAGUUUUCGAAUAACUUAUCAUCUCUGCAUAAAUGUCAAAAGAAAAAUGUAUUUGGGAUUUUUUACACAUGAAGAACCAUGUAGCUACUCUCAGUUCACUAGAUUAGGCAACUAUGCUCCUCUCUGGUGGAUAUGAAAAAGGCCUAUACUGAGGAAAUGCAGAACAGUUUAUGCUAAUUAUAAAGGUUUCCAAAUCAAACUUUUAGACAGUGUAUGUGGCAUUAGAGAGAAGAUUUUCUGUACAAACUAAGAAAUCAAGUGCCAUGUUUCUGGAUGGAUAGUGAGGAGCUUUUCUUUCUACUUUUAGGCUCAUUCCCCGUAAGCAUCUAAUCACUCAUUUUGCCAUUUCCUUUGUCCAUUUUGUAUUUGCAGGCACAUCUAUGCAUCAUACCAAAAACUCAUUUUGUUCCUUAAAUAAUAAUUUCUUUUGAAAUGCCCUCCACAUUUUUUAUAUAGACAUUUAUUUUUUUUUAAUUUUGUUGAUUUAUCACGUUCUGUUGAAAUAAAUGAUUAGCAUUUUGAAACCUAUGCUAGCUGCAUUUGACACCGUUAAGUAUUUGACAACUGAUGCAACUCUAAUGGUGGAUGUAGGAUGUUUUCUUUUGGACUGUUUUCAGUCCCAGACCAGACAAGACUUAAACAGACCAGACCAGACCAGACAAGACUUAAACAGACCAGACCAGACCAGACUUGGAUAAUUAUAAAAUGAACAGAGACCAGACGUUUACCAGACCAGUUCAGACCAGACCAGACCAGACUUAAACAGACAAGACCAAAUCAGACCAGACCAGCAAAUUUCAGUCCAAAAGAAAACAUCCCUAGUGUUCCAGGUUGUGAUUGCCACAUUUAUUGUUGUGGCCGAGAUUGUAGACCGGCCUUGAUACAAUUCAAGUGAAGCAUUUGGAAGCGACAUUUUCAAGAGUCAUUCAAGCAUUGCCAAAUUAGUUUCUGCACCCAGCUAUUGAUGUGACAUGCCCACAACAUUCCCUUAACUGCUUAUUUAUUGUUGAUGUACACUUGGAACAAUAAUUCCUCUGUUGGCAUUGCAAUAAUAGCUUGGAUUAUAUAUUUCUUGUGACACUUUUAUAUGUAAUUUUUUGUUUCUUUUUGUUGCAUUUUGUGUGUUGUUUUUUGUUGCAUCAUGUUUCUUUUAGUUGUUUCGUGUUUCUUUUUAUUGCAUCAUGUUACACUCGGAACACCUCUCUUGGCAUUGCAAUAAUAGCUUAAAUACAUAUUUCUUGUGACACUUUUAUAUGUUAUUUUUUGUUUCUUUUUGUUGCAUUGUGUGUGUUGGUUUUUGUUGCAUCGUGUUUCUUUUUGUUGCAUUGUGUUUCUUUUUGUUGCAUCGUGUUACUUUUUGUUAGUUAUUGUUGAUAUAAUUUUAAAUUUGUUGUUUAUUUAUGUUUCUAUUGAACUUUGCUAUUCUUUAGAAUAAAAAACAACAAAAAGUAUUAUCCACAACAAUGAAAAACACAAAGAAACAAUACAAAACAAAAAAUUUAUACUUAUAAACAAAAGCCUACACAAAGAAACUAUGUGCAACAAAAAGUAUUAUUAAAACGAUGAUAAUGAUAAUAAUUAAAUUUUGUAAAAAUCUUUAAAAUAAUGAAUUACUGGCAAUAAAAAAUCAAAAUUUUCCCAAUUUUAAUUUUUAUCUUCCCAUUAAUUUAAUUUUCAUAAUUUCAUCUUGAAAUGUCUAUACUGUACACACUUUUUAGUUUCUUUAAUUUUUUUAUUUUUAAAAAUUUAAAAUCUAUUCUCUAUUUUAUUUAUAUAAAAUUAUUUCCACUUUUUAAUUUUUUUAUUUUAUGUGUUUAUUUCUAAUUUUGUGAUUUUUUAUUUAUUAAUAUAUUUCGGUUUUAUGAAAAGAUCUCUUCUAUAAAAAAUUCUAGUUGCUUUUAUAUUUUUUAACAGUUUCAUAACAUUAUCUCAU